GUUUCGUUUCUCUGGCUGCGGGUGCAGGAAAAGCUCAGGAGAGGAGUGGCUCCCCCACCAGAUAAAGGGCGGCGUUGGAAGAGAGAGGGCAGAUCAGACGAGGCUCCGUCCGAAGUCCUGAAGGCUCACAGAGCUCGCCGAGAAGCACUGCCUGCUGCCCUCACCGUCAACUGAUGCCGAAAAGCCACAAGUCUGCGCAGCAGCCGAGGCACACCCUACUCCCCUCCCCGCCCUCUCCAAAGGCAGAGAUGAAUUUCUUCCCGAAGCAGCCUUUCGGCGCCCCAGAAGGGCAGAUGACGUUUUCCCCCAUCUUUGCGCGUUCUCCCCAACCGAGAGAGACCAACCCGGCCUUCCUCACCAAGAACUUCAGCUCAAUGACAUUGAACCCUCAGAUGCCGAGAGAAACCAGGAGCCCUCCCAGGACAAAGGGGCUGGAGAACAACCUGUACAGCCAGUACGAGGAGAAGGUGCGGCCCUGCAUCGACCUCAUCGACUCCCUGCGGGCGCUGGGCGUGGAGCAGGACCUGGCCCUGCCCGCCAUCGCCGUCAUCGGGGACCAGAGCUCCGGCAAGAGCUCCGUGCUGGAGGCGCUGUCGGGCGUCGCCCUCCCCAGAGGCAGCGGAAUCGUAACCAGGUGUCCGCUGGUGCUAAAGCUGAAGAAGCAGCUGGCAGACUCCCCGUGGGCGGGGAAGCUCAGCUACCGGGGCACAGAGCUCCAGCUCCAGGACCCCUCCCAGGUGGAGAGGGAAAUACACAAAGCCCAGAACACCAUCGCCGGGAAUGGAGUUGGCAUCAGCCACGAGCUCAUCAAUCUGGAGAUCACCUCCCCCGAGGUUCCGGAUCUGACCCUCAUUGAUCUUCCUGGCAUCGCCAGGGUGGCUGUGGGAAAUCAGCCCCAGGACAUUGGACAGCAGAUCAAGGCUCUCAUCAAGAAGUACAUCCAGAGGCAGCAGACCAUCAACUUGGUGGUGGUGCCCUGUAACGUGGACAUCGCCACCACAGAGGCGCUGAGCAUGGCUCACGAAGUGGACCCCGAAGGAGACAGGACCAUUGGGAUCCUGACCAAGCCGGACCUGGUGGACAAGGGCACGGAAAAGACUGUGGUGAACGUGGCGCAGAACCUGACGUACCGCCUCAAGAAGGGCUACAUGAUCGUCAAGUGCCGGGGCCAGCAGGAGAUCACCGACAAGCUGAGCCUGGUGGAGGCCACCCAGAAAGAAAGGAUGUUCUUCCAGGCGCAUCCGUAUUUCAGAGUCCUCCUGGAGGAAGGCAAGGCCACAGUGCCCCGCCUGGCAGAGAGACUCACCACUGAGCUCAUCUGGCACAUCAACAAAUCACUGCCGCUGUUGGAGGAUCAGAUCCGAGAGAGCCACCUGAGCUCCAUGGAGGAGCUGCGCCAGUGCGGGGAGCACAUCCCCAACACCGAUGCCGACAAGAUGUUCUUUCUGGUCGAGAAAAUCAAAGUGUUCAAUCGGAACAUUGAAAGGUUAGUAGAUGGAGAAGAAGUGGUGAAGGACAAAGAGACACGCUUAUACAACAAACUCCGGGAGGAGUUUAAACAGUGGGUCCGCGUACUUGCAGCCAAUUCCCAAAAGGUUAAAAAUAUCAUUCAUGAAGAAGUCUCAAAGUAUGAAAACCAGUACCGGGGCAAAGAACUUCUUGGGUUUGUCAAUUACAAGACGUUCGAGACCAUUGUGCAGCAGUACAUCCAGCAGCUGGUGGAGCCCGCCCUGAGCAUGCUCCAGAAGGCCGUGGAAAUCGUCCGGCAAACGUUCAUUGAAGCAGCCAAAACACAUUUUGGCGAAUUUUCCAACCUUAAUCAAACAGCCCGGAACAAGAUUGAAGACAUAAAAACAAAGCAAGCAGAAACAGCAACAAAUAUGAUCCACCUGCAGUUCAGGAUGGAGCAGCUGGUUUAUUGUCAAGACCAGAUUUACAGCGAGAUUCUACAAAAAAUUCGGGAACAGACCUUUAACACGGACGGAAGCAUUUCACAGGCUUCUCCCCUGAGACUGUCUUCGAAUACUCCUCCGUCUUCUGUUUCCUCCAUCACUGAGAUCGGGAUGCAUCUGAACGCAUACUUCCUGGAGACCAGCAAGCGGCUCGCCAACCAGAUUCCAUUCAUAAUCCAGUAUUUCAUGCUCCAAGAGAAUGGCGAUUACUUGCAGAAAGCCAUGAUGCAGAUCCUGCAGGAAAAGGACCAGUAUUCCUGGCUGCUCCAGGAGCAGAGUGAGACCGCCCUCAAGAGGAAGUUCCUGAAGGAGAAGAUCUACCGGCUCACCCAGGCGCGGCGCGAGCUCUACAAAUUCUCCUCUUAAAGGGGCGGAUAGAUGGAAGGGCAACAGUACUUGGGAGUUUUCUCUUAGGCCGGUUCGUUGUAAGGGGAUGUGGCGCAGCCAGUGGCUUCCGGUUCGGGCCAGCCUUUCCUGUGGCUGUCUGUCCAUCUUCGCUGAACUGCCCCAGAGUGUAGACCUCAAGCCUACACUUGCUUAGAGCUGUCACCUGCACCUGCUUGAACAGAUGUCUCUCCAGCCCACUGCCUCCAGCUACAGCUUUAACUACCGCUGUCAUUCCUUGUUCAUUUGUCUCUCCCGGCCCAUCAGAUCAGGAGACCCCCAGAGAGGAAAAGUGAGUAUUAUAGUCUUCUUCUGUAUUUCCAGAAUCCUCCGUGGCACCUGGCACAUAGUAGCUGCUCAAUAAAUGCUAUCUCAGUGAGCAAAUGAAUGAUGGAGAUUCCCGGAGGCCAUGGCUGGAAUCAGACUUUGCUUAUUGGGGAUGGUGUCCCUGAGCUGGUCACUUUCAGAUGAAUUGGGUCAUGCCACCUGCUGUGAUCACAUUUCCCAGCUUCCUCUGGGAGAGAAGGACCGGAACGAUACUAUUAUUAAUUAUAGUAGAGGUUUAGAGCAUGAAAUUUGUGCACUUUAGGAGGUGUCCCCACCUGCUUACUGCUUCUUACCACCCCGCUCACUGCUCCUUACUGCUGCCUCUGAGGCGGCUCCUGCCACCAGGACUGUGCUCACCAGUUCUGAGCCUGGCUUCUGGCUGAGCGGCGCUCCCCAUGUGGGAGAACACUGACCACCAGAGGGAAGCUCUGCAUUGAGCGUCUGCCCCCUGGUGGUCAGCCCACAUCAUUACGACAGGUCAUUUUGCUGUUCAUUCGAUUUGCAUAUUAGCCUUUU